GGCUUCAGCGCAACUGCAACUGCCGGGCCAGGCCGGGAAGGAAGCCGCCUGCAGCUGAGGGCUGGGCUGGGAAGCGCUGGGGCCGGGGCCUGGGUCGGCAGCCACUGCCUCUUCUCCUGGCCCAUCUAUUUUUAAUGAGCUCCCCAGGCUUCUGCUGUGGGCAGGACGCAGAAAGGCAGGCCCCGGCAGUGGAAGCCCGAGGCCCCAGCCCUGCCCUGAGCCCUAGCCCCCCAACCCUUCUGGGCAUGAGAGGGUGGCCCUGGGGCCCUGCAGCCCCCCGGCCGGGCAGGGCUCUCCAUGAAGCUGGUGCUGAAGAUGGAUUCGAGCCCAGACAAUGACAGCUGGUUGGAGGACCAGUGGGAGCGCUGGCUCACCCACGACAUCAGCUUGGAGGAGUUUGAGGAUGAAGACCUCUCAGAGAUCACCGAGGAGUGUGGCAUCAGCCUGCAGUGCAAAGACACCCUGUCCUUGCGGCCCCCGCGCGCCGGGCUGCUGUCUGGGGGCGGCGGCAGCGCGGGGAGCCGGUUGCAGGCCGAGAUGCUGCAGAUGGACCUGAUCGACGCGGCGGGGGACACUCCCGGAGCCGAGGACGACGACGAGGAGGAGGAGCGCGCGGCGCGGCGGCCGGGAGCGGGGCCGCCUGAGGCCGAGCCCCGCCAAGAGCCGGCGCCCCGCGGCCAGGGCCAGGGCCAGGGCAGUGGGGACACAUAUCGGCCCAAGCGGCCCACCACGCUCAACCUCUUCCCGCAGGUGCCGCGGUCUCAGGACACACUGAAUAAUAAUUCUCUGGGCAAGAAGCACAGUUGGCAGGAUCGGGUGUCUCGAUCAUCCUCACCCCUGAAGACAGGGGAGCAGACGCCGCCACAUGAACACAUCUGCCUGAGCGAUGAGCUGCCGCCCCCCAGCAGCCCCGCCACCACCAAGGAUCGAGGCACCUCCACCGACAGCCCUUGCCGCCGCAGCGCCGCCACACAGAUGGCACCUCCCGGUGGCCCCCCCACUGCCCCACCGAGCAGCCGCGGCCACUCGCAUCGAGACCGCAUCCACUACCAGGCGGACGUGCGGCUAGAGGCCACCGAGGAGAUCUACCUGACGCCGGUGCAGAGGCCCCCGGACCCUGCAGAGCCCACCUCCGCCUUCCUGCCACCGGCUGAGAGCCGGAUGUCGGUCAGCUCCGAUCCAGACCCUGCCGCCUACCCCUCCACUGCAGGGCGGCCGCACCCCUCCAUCAGUGAGGAGGACGAGGGCUUCGACUGCUUGUCGUCUCCAGAGCGGGCCGAGCCCCCGGGCGGAGGGUGGCGGGGGAGCCUGGGGGAGCCACCGCCGCCUCCGCGGGCCUCGUUGAGCUCGGACACCAGCGCCCUGUCCUACGACUCGGUCAAGUACACGCUGGUGGUGGACGAGCACGCGCAGCUGGAGCUGGUGAGCCUGCGGCCGUGCUUCGGAGACUACAGCGACGAGAGCGACUCGGCCACCGUCUAUGACAACUGCGCCUCUGCCUCCUCGCCCUAUGAGUCAGCCAUUGGGGAGGAAUAUGAGGAGGCCCCCCGGCCGCGGCCCGCUGCCUGCCUCUCCGAGGACUCCACGCCCGACGAGCCCGACGUCCACUUCUCCAAGAAGUUCCUGAACGUCUUCAUGAGUGGCCGCUCUCGCUCCUCCAGUGCGGAGUCCUUCGGGCUCUUCUCCUGUGUCAUCAACGGGGAGGAGCAGGAGCAGACACACCGGGCCAUAUUCAGGUUUGUGCCUCGACAUGAAGACGAACUUGAGCUGGAGGUGGAUGACCCGUUGCUGGUGGAGCUGCAGGCCGAGGACUACUGGUAUGAGGCCUACAAUAUGCGCACAGGCGCCCGGGGCGUCUUUCCCGCCUACUAUGCCAUCGAGGUCACCAAGGAGCCUGAACACAUGGCAGCCCUGACCAAAAACAGCGACUGGGUGGACCAGUUCCGGGUGAAGUUCCUGGGCUCGGUCCAGGUCCCCUAUCACAAGGGCAACGACGUGCUCUGUGCUGCUAUGCAAAAGAUCGCCACCACCCGCCGGCUCACCGUGCACUUUAACCCGCCAUCCAGCUGCGUCCUGGAGAUCAGCGUGCGGGGCGUGAAGAUAGGCGUCAAGGCUGAUGACUCCCAGGAGGCCAAGGGGAAUAAAUGUAGCCACUUUUUCCAGUUAAAAAACAUCUCUUUCUGUGGAUACCAUCCAAAGAACAACAAGUACUUUGGGUUCAUCACCAAGCACCCUGCUGACCACCGGUUUGCCUGCCACGUCUUUGUGUCCGAGGAGUCCACCAAAGCCCUGGCGGAAUCCGUGGGGAGAGCGUUCCAGCAGUUCUACAAGCAGUUCGUGGAGUACACCUGCCCCACGGAAGACAUCUACCUGGAGUAGCGGCGCUGCCCCGCCCUCUACAUCCCCGGGCCCUCGGGCCAGCACCGGGCCAGCUGGCUGCUGACGGGGCUCCGCACUGCUCGAGGAGGGGGGCCCAUCACCACCAGAGGGUGGGGAAGUGGGGGCCUUUGGCGGA